GUGGAUGAAGGGUUUUAUUGUGAAAUUCUCCGGUUCACCAUCAGCUGAUCACUGACAGCUGAUCUUUGGUGUCGGUGUUUCCGACAGAAAAACAAGUUGAGCUAAAGCGCUUAAGGUGCUGCUUCAACUGGAAAGUGAAACCAAUUUGGUUUAUACGACUACAGACAAAACAGACUCUGACAUGGCUCCAACUCUGUAUGAUGAAAAGCCCAAUCCUGGAGACUUGAUAGAAAUCUUCCGUGGCUCAUAUCAGCACUGGGCAGUGUACGUUGGUGAUGGCUUUGUGGUUCACUUGGCACCACCAUCUGAGGUUCCAGGUGCAGGUGCCAGCAGUAUGAUGUCUGUCUUAGCGGAGAAGGCCAUUGUGAAGGAAGAGGAGCUGUGGGAUGUGGUGGGAACCAACCAGUGGAAAAUCAACAACAGCCUGGACAAAGAGUACAAACCUCGCUGUGUUCGUGUCAUUGUGAGGGAGGCAAGGGCACGGGUGGGCCAGGAGCUGCCCUACUGCGUCUUCAGGGGGAAUUGUGAACACUUCGCCAACGAGCUGCGCUAUGGAAAGGCUGAGUCACGGCAGGUACGUCAGGCAGGAGAGGCGGUCAUGAUAGCAGGUGUGGCUGCGGCUGUGGGUCUUGGCAUUGUGGCUCUGGCAGGGGCUCUGUUUGGAGGCAGCAAAAAGGAAAACCGGAACACAGAGUGAUCACUGUCCAGGGUCACAUGGUCAGGGGGUUCAUUAACACAUCACCAACAAAAGUUAGUAAGUGCAUAUAAUCAGGCUCACUGGUAGAUAACAGCCAGUCACAUGCAGGAAUCUGUCAGUUCGGCUGUGAUUUGUUGAUUUUUUUUGUUAGUUUUUCCUCAUCUAAUCAACUUGACCUCCAUCUUUCCUUCGUGCCAUCUUUGAUUUUGCUUACAUUGUCGUACUGGUUGGAUGGGAUCAAGGUGUUACAUUUUUCUGUAACAUUUUUUACAAUUUACAAAAACAACACAUAUAAGCACAAGAAGCAUUUCCACUACUGAAGGUGCCAAGCUGAAAUACCACUGUUUUUUAAUAUGAAAUUCAGAACACUACUUACUUUCAUAAUACAGGGUGUUUUAAACUGUAAAUGAAAAUUUAACUUAAAAUUUGACAGAUGCUAUUGAAAGAAUUUACCCUCUAAAAACAACUGUCUUUAAGUGCACUAUAUGGCAGCAGCUACCCAAUGCCUGAUAAGCUAUAAACUAGUCACAUUUUUUUUUCUGAAAAUAUGUGAUAUCCUACAUAUUACUUUAGAAUUUAUAGUAUGAAUGGUUUGACUUGAAAGGAAAGAUGGACUGAAUGUGGUGGAGAACAUGCAGUUUUGAUAUAAAUGAUUGAGUAAGUUGAAUUUAAAAUGCUUUCUCUUCUUCUGGCAUUUAAUUGUUUUAAAUAAACAAUUUGUGUUAAU